CGCCCGAGCACGUCAACAACAGACGAAAACAUUGAUGAAGUGAAGAAAAUAGUAUUGGCCAAUCGUCGAAUCACCGUUAGAGAAGUUGCUGAGGACCUAAACAUAUCGAUUGGCUCGUGCCAUUCGAUUUUUACUAAUGAUUUGGGCAUGAGACGGGUCGCCGCGAAAUUCGUACCAAAAUUGCUCAAUUUCGACCAAAAACAGCAUCGCAUUAAAAUUUCUGGGGAGCUGUUGGACUCUGUCCGCGACGACCCAAAUUUGCUCCAGAGGGUUAUAACUGGUGACGAAUCAUGGGUUUAUGGUUAUGACGUGGAAACCAAAGUUCAAUCAUCCCAAUGGAAGCUGCCGCACGAGCCAAGACCGAAAAAAGCGCGCCAAGUUCGGUCGAAUGUGAAGGUUUUGCUUAGAGU